AUGGCUGAACCUCGCUUCGUUCGGGACUAUGUGCCUCGGGACUAUGAUCGCCGUAGGCCCAUCGUUCGGGAUUACGACCGCGAGGACAGCAUGAGCGAUGGUUUCGAAGAGCUAGGACCGCGUAGUUUGUUGCCUAACCCGCGACGACUCAAGUAUGCCGUCGACGGCGAGGUUCCUGAGAUCCUCUAUACCCUUAACCAUGUUAACCAGAAUAGACAUUUCAUUGGGCGCUUGCGAAGCUCCAAACCAUUUGAGAACGUGACUAGCUACGAAAUCAAGGAUGAUGAAACCGACGAGGGUGGCGAACUUAUCAAAAAGCCCAUCUUUGAGAUUGUUACCAAUGUGUGCAUUGAGGGGAGGAGCAUUGAUAACAACAGACACAUAGUUCAUCCUCGUCGGGUAAAUCCUAACUUGGAUCGACCCAUCACAGCGGCUUUUGACAACGUCGACUAUCGAAGCGAUGGCUAUUAUACCGAGGAAGAGCAAUAUUAUGACCCGCCGGGAACUCCUCAAGUAGAGACCCCUCUCAUGGUCAUCUAUUCUAAUCAUCUCCUCAAUGCUCUUAGAGCUGUCAUCCGAUACUACCCGAACAUCAACCUCAAUGGGAAGUCGGUCCAGAUCAGCGCACCCUACCGUGUACUCUACCAUCAUCGCUAUGAGCUGUCCGAGUAUCGUGAUAACCAGCCUGAUGAGCAUAGCGUUGAGUAUGCUGAGACCACGGCGCACCACAUUGAUGUUCUCCUCAAGUUUCUUGCCACAUUUGACUAUUUCUGGCUCCUUCUUAAGCCGGGUCGAGUCAUCUACGUGAAGAAAUUCGACAUUUGGACGCCAUUGGUUAUUAGCAGUGUCAGCAUUGGAAACCGUGUCCACGGUGGCCUGGACAACUAUAGACUCAGCUGCUGGUCGCUGGAGUCCAAUGGCGCCAAGGUCGGUCGAUUCAUGGAGAGUGUCAUUGUGACUCCGUGGCCAGGCGAACAAGUUAUCAGCUCCCUGUCUGUUAUUCCUGCGGACUUUUGGAAAGACGACCUUGAAGCCCAAGGCGGCCUCCCAAUGCGUGAAAAGAUGAUUGAAGAAGGCAAGCUAUACUGGGAGCUCCUGAAGCGACCUACCUACAUGGAGUAUGAUGGCCUUCUCGUCAACUCUGGCUCCGGCAGCAGACUUCCUGGUGGUGCGACUGGCUUCAUGAACGGCCGUGUCAUUUGCGAUGCCUCGGGUUUCGACAAGUUCUUUGAGUCGUCCCCCGAUUGGGAUGGAAGGCGAUAUCCUCAACCUCAUCGCCGCCGCGUGACUCAGGAUCGAUCUAGGGAGAACGACGGCCCCUUUGUCGGAUUUGAGGAUCUCGAUCCUCUAUGCGACACUCCUCCCGACAACGACCUUUUUUACUUCGUUCUCAGCAAGACAAUUCCAGGCUUCAUCCUUGGUACUCGCCGCUGGGGAAAUCUUCAUGUUGCCAAUCUCAGCCCAGUCAAGCCCGACAAGGAGGCUUUCAAGUAUCUCGUCCUGGACGAUGACAUCAAGAUGACCGUGAGGGCCCUCAUCGGCCAAUACACCACCGGCGUUGAUGGCCAAGUGGCUCCCUGGGGCAACGACUUCAUCCGCAACAAGGGCGAGGGUCGCAUCUUCCUGCUCCACGGUGCGCCAGGUGUCGGAAAGACAUGCACCGCCGAGUGUAUCGCCGAGUUGACCAACCGUCCGCUCAUUUCGCUCACCAGCGGCGAUCUGAGCGUCGACUCAUUCCGCGUCGAGUCCAACCUCAAUUACUUCCUUGAGCUGGGCCAGCGCUACGGCGCCCUCGUCCUGCUCGACGAGGCCGACGUCUAUCUCGAGCGCCGCCGCGCAAAGAACAUUUCCCGCAACGGCCUCGUCUCCGUCUUCCUUCGUGCCCUGGAGUACUACCGCGGCGUUCUCUUCCUCACCACCAACCGCGUCCGCUCCUUUGACACCGCUUUCCUCAGCCGCAUCCACGUUGCGCUACACUACAAGAACCUUGGCGACGAGGAGCGCGAGCGCAUCUGGACUCACAACUUUGACCGCCUGGACCGCGAUUCCCGCGGUAAGAUCCGCGUUGCCAUUGCCGCUCGCGAGUUCGUCUGGUCCAGCCAAGAGGUUCGCGCGCUCAAGUGGAACGGCCGAGAGAUUCGCAACGCCAUGCAGACGGCGCUGGCGCUGGCCGAGAGUGAUUCCAAUGAGGAAGGUCUGCAGACCAUUACUAUCGGCGAAAAGCACAUUCGCGCUGUGGUUAAGAUGAGCAAGGGCUUCAAGGACUACAUCAAGUCCGUGGGGCCCCUGGACUCCGACGAUGUCGACUACGAUGGAGAUGGCGAUGAUGAGGCUUUUAAUGAGUGA